AUGAGGGCCGACAUUUCAUCAAUACUCACCAUUCUGGUGACGAGCACCCUAGCAUUGGCAGCACCAAUUGAGGAGACAAGUGGUAUUACCCAAGAUCUCCACCGAAGGCAAAAUAACGCGCUACUGAAUGCUGUCGGCCUGGAGGAUCAUUCCAAGUAUGCCGAUAACAGCGGUGGAUUGUUCGGGAAUUUGGCAUCGAAUGCAAUGAUUAUCGGUGAUCAUAUUAAAUACACGGUCGACCCGCCUAGUGCAGAGGAACCUCUCCCUAAGGGACAAGAUCCUCCGGCACGCGAAGCUCAUCGCAAGGCUCAUGUCGCCCUCAACAAAGGCCUUGGUGCCAACUGA